CCUCCCCAGAAGAAGCUGUGCCUUUUGAUUGUACGGCCACCUGCUAUAUAAGGCCUCUCCCACACCAGCACUAAGCUUCUACCGGGAUCCUCCUUCUGUAGGACAAUCACCAGGCCAGAUCCAGAAGCCUCUCUGAGCUCCAGCUUUCUCUGUGAAAGAUGAAAGCAAUUAUAGCAGGACCCUGCCAGGCUGUUGAAAAGAUUCCACAGUAAAACUUUGCACAUGGGAAGUACCUAGUGAAACAGCCUCAGAUGCCACUUCUUCUCCUGUCCCAGGGUCCAGGCCCUGAGGUCCCCAUCCUUGGGAGAAGUCAGCUCCAGCACCAUGAAGGGCGUCCUCGUCGCUGGUAUCACUGCAGUGCUUGUUGUUGCAGCUGUAGAAUCUCUGAGCUGUGUGCAGUGUAAUUCAUGGGAACGAUCCUGUGUCAACAGCACUGCCUCUGAAUGUCCCUCACACGCCAGCACCAGCUGUGUCAGCUCCUCAGCCAGCUCCUCUCCAGAGACAGCAAUCAGAUUAUACCAGAAAAUGUUCUGCUCCGCGGAGAACUGCAGUGAGGAGACACACGUUACAGCCUUCACUGUCCACGUGUCUGCUACAGAACACUUUCGUUUUGUAAGCCGGUGCUGCCAAGGAAAGGACUGCAGCAACACCAGCGAUGCCCUGGACCCUCCCCGGAAGAAUGUGUCCAGCAACACAGAGUGCCUUGCUUGUUAUGAAUCUAAUGGAACUUCCUGUAGUGGGAACCGCUGGAAAUGUUAUGAAGAAGAACAGUGUGUCUUUCUAGUUGCAGAAUUUAAGAAUGACACUGAGUCUAACAGUCUCGUGGUGAAUGGCUGUUCCAAUGUCAGUAACGCCACCUGUCAGUUCCUGUCUGGUGAAAAUAAGACUUUUGGAGGCAUCAUCUUUCGAAAGUUUGAGUGUGCAAAUGUAAACAGCUUAACCCCCACGUCUACACCGACCACUUCCCACAACAUGGGCUUCAAAGCUUCCCUCAGCCUCUUGGCCUUUGCCAGCCUCCUUCUGCUGGGACUGUGGCCCUGAGGUCCUGGGGUUGCACUUUGCCCAGCACCCCAUUUCUGCUGCUCUGAGGUCCAGAGCACCCCAUGGGGUGCUGACACCCUCUUUCCCCGCCCUGCCCCAUUUAACUUUCCAGUAAGUGGGAGUCACAGGUCUCCAGGUAAUGCUGACAGCUCCCUUGUUCUCCAUUAUUAAAGCGCUGGUUCAUUCACUGCC